AUGAUUGACUCGGAGACAUCGGGAGUGUUUCACAGUCCCGGGUGGCCAGCCUCACUCACUCCAGGCAGUCGAUGUCUCUUCCGUUUUGUGGCUCCACCUGGUCGCAAAGUGCUCAUUGAAUUCGCCAACUUCCACACCGAAGGACUUUAUCCCUAUUGUCACAAGGACUUCCUGGACGUCUACAUCGACGUAGCCGCAUCGCAUCCACGAAAUAAGGAAGAGAUGCGAUUCCUGGCAUAUCUGCAAGAAUCUCAAGGACAACAGACCACCACACCCUUUGUAGCCCUUCUCUUCUCCUCCAUGCUUGCACGCUCUCGUCUGCUUGGUCGUUUCUGUGGCAUCCAACGCGAUGGCGGUGUGAGGAACAUUCCACAAUGCUUCGUCUCCAUUCAUCGCGAGGUCAUCUUGGACUUCUUCACCGCUCCCUCCACUAGCAGAAUUGAUCGGGGUGAAAAGCUGGGUUUUAACGGCACAUUCAAAAUCAUUCCUGAUGAUCUUUACUAUCCUGGAAAGGUGGCAUCUGCUCAAGACAUUCCCUCUCUACCUCGUGCCUUUCUCACCUCUCGCAAGCAUGAGAAUGCCAAAAAAGCGGUCACGAAUGAGCCCAUUUGUCGGUUUGUUAUACAACCGAAAUCCGAGUCUGGAAGUGAGCGUGGUGAAUUCGUGUCGCCUGCCUACCCCGGAUUUCAUCCACCUGGGCUGCACUGUAUAUACGCAUUUCGUGGACAGCCUAACCAACGGAUAAGCGUAGAAAUUCUCGAUCUCAGUCUGUCAUCACAGUUGCAUGCGUGUUCCACGGACUACAUCCAAUUUUUUGACGGAAAUAACGUCCUCCAUUCACCCAGCAUUGGUAACCGAAUUUGCGGUGAACAGAAGGGGCUGCAAGUAUUCUCAAGCGAGUCUUCACUAACAAUGAUCUUCGUGACAAAAUCGACAAUAAAUGAGGUGACUUUCUCCAAAUAUCGAGGAUUUCGUAUUUCUUAUCAAUUUUGGGAUAAAUUCGUACAGAUAGAAGCGGCGUUCAAGGAGAAGCAUAUCCUUGGAACGGAGUGCGACUUUGCCAUUCGAAGCGGAGGGAAGGAAGAAGGCAAGAAGCCUACUGGAGACGUUACAGAACUGCUGAAUUUCUACUACAGCAUGACUUUGCCACCAUCGCACACAUGUACCUUCUUUUUCCUCGGACGGCAUGAAAGGCAGAAGGUGGAGACAAUUCGGGCGGCGUUUGGCAUCCUCGACCUGCCACCCAACAACCUGGACGAUAACAAAUGUUCAUAUGGUCACAUGGCCGUUUACGGGGCUCGUAUUGAAAAUGACGAGGAGUUCAAUUUGCGUCCAGUCUACUCUUCCAUUAAAGUCGGUCUGGAUGCACACUACGAGGGAGGCAUUGGCACUCUCGCCACUCCUACUGGAUCGGUAGCACUACCAAGACCAUCGCAAGUGUGGUGUGGUGACCACUUGGACGCAAUCAAGACAAAGGACGAUGUGGAUAGCUCGGCAAUCGUGUCACUUGGCUCUACACUAGCUCUCAGGUUCAAUGCCAGUGGAAAGGCUGCCAUGAAUGUGCGAUUCCAGGUCUUCUAUAAGUUUGUAUCAGAUUACGGGAUAGUGGGUCUAAUGCCUAUUCCAAAUAUGUGCUGGUUCGUGUACAAGGGCAGCGAUUACCGCGACGGUCAAGUGGGGUGGACUAAUUCGCCCUUCUUCGCCAACACUUAUCCACCAAACUCCACUUGCUUGUAUCUCUUCCAAUUUGACCCCGACCAAUCUGUGCGCCUUUCCUUCACCACCUUCCAGACAGCUGCGGUGUUGGAUCCUACCUCAGCCGCAGCUGACCACUUCCACCAUUGUCCUCAAAAGUGCAAGCAGGUGGGCGAUUUGUACGUGGCACUGUCCUUCAUGCAACUCUCGUGA